UGUUAUUGCGUUUAGUAAAUUUCAAUUUCCGACUUUUUCAUCGACUUAUUUCGUAUGCUUUAAAUGAUGAAACACGGGUAAAGACUCGUGGACUCAACUGUAGAUAAGCUGCCGUUUCCUUGGAACAUUUUGAUGUUCCCACUGAUGCUGUUGUUCGUCCUUAGCCUGGUUUUUCUGUACGUUUUGGCCGUUAAAAACACAAGCUUCAAACUGAAACUGCUCCACAUGUUCAAUCUGGAAAUGGGAGGCGAUAGAAAUGAAGAGAACCGGAUUGGAGGCCCGACAUUGGAUAGGUUUUUGCAGACUUUAAAUCACAGACCAUUGAUAGAAGAUACAAGAAGUACUCCGCCGAAAGAAAAUCCCAAGAAAAUUAAAGAGAAGAGGACUCCCAAAAAGAAAGAGGAAAAAUGCGUCAGUGAUAAUUCUCCCACCAAAGAUGUAAAGCAACGCACUAAACGUGGAAAAUCUGAUGAAAAAAAUGAGCAAAAAAUAAAUGAACCCGUGAAAACUGACAGUACUUCUGAAUUAACCAGUGACUUAAAUACUAGUAGUAAUUAAGUGUUAAGUUUUAUUCAACAUUGUACAUGUUUUAUUUUUAAUAAAUUUUUAAGGCCAUCGGUACAUAAUUCGCAAAUAUUUUACGGCUAUCCCUACUUUUUGUGUCGUUACACGGCAAAUUACGUGUAGUAAAAUUCACACUGGUAUGGAUAUGUAAACAUUACUAGAAUGUCAUUCUACUUGAAAAUGUCAUCAUUAACUUAAAGAGAUGGCUUUUGAAUGUUCUUGGAUAACUGUUAUAUUUGUAUAAUUGCAAAUUAUUAAUUCAGUUAAUAAAUGUGAUAAUUUUUUCACUAACUAUGUAUUCAGUGAUUGUAAUAAUUUAUAUGUACAACAAAAACUAAUACUCAAUCGAGAAAAGAGGAGAAGUGUUAAAGUGAUUUUUUAAUAAUAUAUUGUUACUAUGGAACGCUUACAAUAAUUUUGAACAUCUUUAACAACAAAAUACUUGGAUCACAGAAUAUAUUAUCCUGAUGUAUUCUCUGCUUGGAUCUUCCACAAAUAAUACACAAUAAAUAACUUUUUAUUAAGUUUAAGUCUUAAAUCAGUUAUUUAUCAAAUGCGCUAUAUAUCAAUAUUAUUUAAUCAACAACUCAAAAUAUUCCCAAUGCCAUGUCAAAUAUUUAAAAUUGUCACUGUCUGACUGACAAUAUGCUUCUAUUCGACUGAGUGCGUUGUAAGACAAAGACAGAUUUGAAAAAUAUUACCAACGACAUUGUGUUCAUUUUUUUCGAAUCCUGCAAAAAGCAAUAAAUAUUUUUGAAAAAUUUAAACGUAGAUUGAAAGAUUACAUCAUUACCGAAUGUCCCUACCGAGGGUAGAAAGUCCCUUAGAAUAAACAAGUUUCUCACUCAAUUUUCUCUUCUUUUUUACCCACGUAACUUAUUAAAAUAAACAUUAUAGAAGUUUUCAGGGACUUUCUACCCUCGGUAAUGAUAUAAUCUUUCAUUCUGCGUUUAAAUUUGUCAAAAAUACUUAGUUUUCUCAGAAUUCGAAAAAAUGAAUGCAUUUAAAUAGCAUUGGAGCCGAGAGUUUGCGCCUAUUCCCUUAAACAUUUUCGAAUUAUUAGUUUAAAGAUGUUCAACAAUUCGUUACCACAACUGUGAGAUUGUAAGUGAAGUGUUGGAAAAUUCUCGAGAAUGAACAAUCGGAGAAUAUUCUCGAGAAUAUUCCCGAGAUGGAGAAUUUUCUGAGAAUGAACGCUAUGACUCGUUUAGGGAUAUUGUUAAAGAUGAAAUAGGCUAUUAAAAAUCAUGAAAUUAUAUGAGACGAAAUAACAGUGUUCUUUAUAUUUAAAAAAUACAAAACAACAGAAAAGACAAAAUGUAUUUGAUAAAAAAAUGAAAUUUUCUUCUUAACAGCAAAUAACGGAUGUGAUGUGGUGAUCUAAUCUGAAAAAGAUGAGGCCUCAGAUUCAGAAUAUGUUUCUAUCAUUAGCUCAUCCUGGUCAUCUACAUUUCAAUGUACCGUGAAUACAGUCAUGGAUUGGUCUAUGUCUAGCAAUUUUAAAUUUUUAGCAAUAAAAAUUACCUUACUAGCCCGUUUAGCAGUAAGCCGAUAUCUUUUAGAGGAUGGAUAAAACCAUAAGUACUGAAACUUAUUUCAGUCCUGCACUGGAUGAAGGCUAAACAUGUACAUUUUCACCAUAUGAUUGGGUCUAGUUUUUCAAUUGAUUUUACAAAGUAUGGUUUUCCAAAAAAAUCACUUCCUAGACCAAUAAAGUGCCAAAUCUGCUUUAAAGUUGCUUUAAAGAUCAUCAUGCUUUAAAGUUGCUAAAUUAGCUAUAAACUCAGUUUCCUGAACUUGUUCUCUGCUUAAAUGAACACCAUUCUAAAUAUUUGCACAUUAAUAUAGCACCAAAACCAAAAUAAUAAACAGCGACACUGUAAACAUCCUAGCUAGUAAGUAUUUCAUGGGAUUCUCCAACCCCGGCUACUUUGAUUUUCGGGGAUUUUAUCUAAAAUCGCGUGAUUCUCCGGCAGGACAAAGCCAAAAAGCGGCAAGUAGGUGUUUGGGCUUCAAGAAUAAUGUUUGGGAUGCAAAAAAUAUAUGGGUUGUUGUAAAUAUAGAAAAUUCUCGCUGAAAAUUUUCUGGCGGAGAAUAUUCUCGAGAAUAUUCAAUUCUUACAUCACUAUGCAAGUGAAUUGCUGUAUUCGAGGGAAAUAAAUAAAACAGCACGUAAAACAGAAUGUGUAUUUUAAAAAACUACAUAUUAUCAAUUUAAGACUUAUUUCCUUCAAAUAUCAAAUAUCCAUUCUACCUAAAAAUACUGAUAAAAUAUUUAUAUACAUUUUUUAAUUACAUAUCACUAGAGAAUCAUAGAAUAUGGCAACGGUUUUAACACAGCAUAGAACGGCACGUUUUCCAUCAUACAUUACACAGGUGAAUAUCUUUGUAACUGAGAUCAUUAAGAAACUAGUUAAACCUUUUACUGCGCAUGUCACGGAUCAGUGUCAGGCAAAGUGUUCAGUGUGCGUGUCACACAUGCGCAUUCAAACUUUCAUUGCCAGUAGAAAGUGAGCACCUGGGCAU